CCGAGCCCAGUUUUGCUUCUCGCAUCAUUGUUCAUCCAUAUCGCUUGCGACCAGUUGUAUCCCUGCCUCUAUUUCGUUGCUUGAUGUAUCCCGAUGUCACUUAUUAAAGAUCAUUUUCGACGACUUUUUAGGGCUGGUAAAACUGCCCACCUGACCCGCAACGGGAACGAAAAACAGCCGCUGGUCGGAUGGUCCUACCAAAAUACGUCGUCCGAGCCAAGUCUUUGCGGAAAUGAAAGUCUAUGGGAGAAAGAAACUCUUUGCGAGAAAUAUCCAGUACCACCACAACCAAAGCAGGGCACCUCCGAUAUCACCCUAGCGAUCAAGUCAACGCUUGAAGAACCAAAACGUUGCUCCCAUAAGCUUCUCGUGUCGUGUAGCCUUUCAGCGACUACAAUAUGCUGUGCUUGUGCAGACAAGCGACCUAAAGCGAAGCAGUACCCAAUCUACAUCGAUGGGGUUGGUCAGACCAUGCGCGGGACACGAUGGCAGGGAUACUGUCCGGGGUGUAGAGCACAUUGGGGGAGGGAAAAUGACUUAGGUAAUCAUUUGGCAGGGCUGAAAUGGCUGAUCGAUUACGUUGUCACCCGUCUGACUUUGCGCUCGAGGCCGAUGGAAUCCAACUGACAGAUGACUCGACUGAAUGUGGCGUUGGGACCACUCUUCACAUGGUUAAAUUCAGUCUCCAUGUGCCACCCGUUAAUCUCGACGACGAUGACUACGAUUUCCU